AUGCCUGGCCUCGAGAAUGCUGACCUGCCUCCGGAGCAUGAGCCCAGGAAGCUCGUCCUGUGCUUCGAUGGUACUGGCAACACAUUCAGUGGAUCCAAUGCCGACACCAACGUCGUCAAGAUCUUGAGCAAGUUGGAUCGUAAUGAUCCCAACCAAUUCCAUUACUACCAGACUGGAAUUGGCACAUACGACAUCAAUGAGACCACGGUCAAUAAGACAUGGUACGGAGACCUAAAGAGCUCCGUCUCCCAAACCCUGGACCAGGGUUUUGGAACAACUUUCGACGCGCACGUCAUGGCGGGCUACCGCUUCCUGAUGCGUUACUAUGACUCUGGCGACAAGAUCUACAUGUUUGGCUUCAGCCGCGGUUCUUUCACGGCCAAGUUCCUGGCACGCAUGAUCUACACCGUCGGUCUGCUCUGCAAGGGCAACGAAGAGAUGGUUCCCUUCGCAUACCGCCUCUACCAGCGCUACCUAGCCGGUGAGGUGCAGAACAAUGUGGACCCGGACCCGGAGCUAGAUGGCGCCGACCCGUCGGUACACCGGCACCACUGGGCGCGCGACGAGAUCACGGCCUUCAGCAACACCUUCUGCCGCAAGGAGAAGGUCCGCCACUGCGGCAAGAUCGAGGAGCGCAACAUCAAGGUCUACUUCCUGGGCAUGUGGGACUGCGUCAGCUCCGUGGCCGUCCUGGAGCGCGAGGCGCCGAAGCCCAUGCCCGUCAAGGGGACGGCGCAGUUUGUCCGGCACGCCGUCGCCGUCGACGAGCGGCGCGUCAAGUUCAAGGCCGCGCUGCUGGCCCAGGACAUCCGCGAGACGGCUGCAGGCGACGACGACAGCGAUGACGACGACGACGAACAUGCCGAGGACAUCAAGGAAGUCUGGUUCCCCGGCUGCCACGGCGACGUCGGCGGCGGGUGGCCCGCCAGCAACGAGGACGGCUACAAGGACCCUGCGACGGACGACGGUAGCAGCACGCCGUCGUUCUGGCAGCGCAUGAAGACCUUCUGGGCCACCCGCAAGCCCAAGGAGCCUAGCAGGGAUGUGCGGCUAGACCCGUACCAGAUGAGCGACAUCCCACUGGCCUGGAUGAUCCGCGAGGUAGAGCUCGUGGGGAAGAUGGAUCCCCCCGCUGCCGUCAAGUGGACCUUCCGCCUGCACGGGUUCCGGAGGCGAUUCAACAAGGACCAGGCGCUGCGGGGGUUCAUGCACGACUCUUUGAGGUUCAGCCACGGCACGGGCUUCUUCACGGUGCUGCUAUGGAGGUUUAUGGAAUGGCUUCCUAUCAUCAAGCGGUGGGAGCUUUCGGGCAAUGAAUGGAAGAAUGUGCGCUUCCCUCUUAACAAAGGAGCGACCCGAGACAUCCCAUCCGAUGCUGUGCUGCACGAGUCGCUGCUUUGGCGUCUCCGCAACAACCCCGGAUAUCAUCCCUGCAAUAACCACGGCGGCUACCUGCCCCCUUGUCUCAAGCACAAUGGGGUGCUGGCUGAAUUCGCGCCAGUGUCUGAGCCAGCGGAGCAGGCAGACCCCGAUCACCAAACCUACAAGUUUGCAAAGCCUCCUGUGCACCACGCCUAA